GAGCCAAUGGCAGGCGGUGGAGGGUGAUGCCGCGGACAUGGCGGCCGUGGUCACCCAGCGGAGGGACGUGUCGGUCUGUCCAGUAACUUCGGCCGGUGCCCAGGGGGCGAAGCAGGUGCCUCAUUAGCAUUCGUACCCACGAGGAGGCGCAGCGGGCCCUCGGGAAGAACAAGCGUCGCGGCCAUGGCGUAUCAUUUGGGCUACGGAGCCCACGGCUCCAAGCACAGGGCCCGGACAGCUCCGGAUCCCCCUCCCCUCUUCGAUGACACAAGCGGUGGUUACUCCGGCGAGCCAGGGGGAUACCCCGCCCCAGGAGCUGACGUGGCCUUCAAUGUCAACCACCUGCUGGGAGACCCAAUGGCCAACGUGGCUAUGGCCUAUGGCAGCUCCAUCGCAUCCCAUGGGAAGGACAUGGUUCACAAGGAGCUGCAUCGUUUUGUGUCUGUGAACAAACUCAAGUAUUUUUUCGCCGUGGACACAGCCUAUGUGGCCAAGAAGCUAGGGCUACUGGUCUUCCCCUACACACACCAGAACUGGGAAGUGCAGUACAGUCGUGACGUGCCUCUGCCCCCGCGGCAAGACCUCAAUGCCCCUGACCUCUAUAUCCCCACGAUGGCUUUCAUCACCUACGUGCUGCUGGCUGGGAUGGCACUGGGCAUUCAGAAAAGGUUCUCCCCAGAGGUGUUGGGCCUGUGUGCCAGCACGGCGCUGGUGUGGGUCGUGAUGGAGGUGCUGGCCCUGCUUCUGGGCCUCUACCUGGCCACCGUGCGCAGUGAACUGAGCACUUUCCACCUGCUGGCCUACAGCGGCUACAAAUAUGUGGGGAUGAUCCUGAGUGUGCUCACGGGGCUGCUGUUUGGCAGCGAUGGCUACUACGUGGCCCUGGCCUGGACCUCCACUGCGCUCAUGUACUUCAUCGUGCGCUCCUUGCGGACAGCAGCCCUGAGCCCCGACAGCAUAGCGGGCCCGGCGCCCCGGCAGCGCCUCCAGCUCUACCUGACGCUGGGGGCGGCGGCCUUCCAGCCCCUCAUCAUAUACUGGCUAACCUUCCACCUGGUCCGGUGACCCCUGCUUCCCCAAUCCAGUGACCCCUGCACCCCCUCUGGCACUGCUUUUUCCAUACAUUGAAGAUCUGAUUCCUU